AUGCUGCACCACAACACUUUGGCCACCACCAGUUCCCUGAGAUUGGUUCGUGGCCGCGUUCACCGUCGCCCGCUGCCAAAUCGCUUCCAGGAGCACCGCCAGCGGCUGGAGAGGGCCACUAGCCGGGUGGACCAUCGACCGCCACGGUUGCCCGCUAUGCAGCUAAAUGGACUUCCGGCCCUUUCCCAGGAUGCCCGCCUCUUCCUGCAGCGAACCCAUGAGAAUGCCCACCUGCUGCUGAAUCUAUCGCGGAUUAGGCGCAUUGGCGGUACCGUUGGCCUUUUCGACGAUCGCAUUCCCCAGAGCCUUUCGUCGCUGCCCCAUAUGAUGCGACGGGUCGAGGAGCUGCAGCGCCAGAACGACUUCCUGGGUCAUCGGCUCAUGAGUGUCCACGGGAAGCGGCAGCGGCGUUGGAACGAUGGUCAUCCGUUGGCCACGACCGGGAGGCGACCAGGUCUGGAGCUGGCACAGGAGCUCUCUCAGACCACUACUCAAUCGUAUCUGCCGGACUCGAAGAGCGAUGUGUUUGCAAAGUACUCCACCUGUGCUCUGGAGCUGCCCGGGAAUAGGAGCGAGCUGCUGCGACUGCUCCGGCCCCGGAUUCUAUACACCGAGGCAGCACCGCUGGUGGUGCUCCAGUUCAUUCGCACCUGCCAGCGCCAGCGGGCCCAUGAGUUUGCCGUGCGCCGCAUCUUCCCCAAUCUCUGGCUGGAGGGUUACCUCCUCGGUUGCAACCGGCAACAAGGACACUCUGCGGAUCCGCCACCCCAGCUCCGAGACCCCAUGGAGUUCGAUACGCGCGUGUUGAGCCACGAGCGGCACAACUGUGUCCUGUCCUGCGCCAAGGAGUACUGCGUCCAUGGAUUUCCCGGCGGAGCCAUCAACUUUAGCAUCAGCUUUAAGCCACUGCCCGCGGCCAAAGGCCAGCGGGUGGCCUUCGCCGGGUGGUGCGCGGCGCCAAGGUCGUAG